AUAGUACUAAUAAAAAUGGGCUACUCCAAGUUUUCCAUGUACAAUUUCUUCUUCCUGAUUAUGGUUUUCUCUAUGGUCUUAGGCCAAAAAAAUGAUCAUCAAAUAAUGUUAAAUGAUCGCGAUUCUCUUCUUUCGUUCAUGUCCGGGAUUGUUUCUGAUCCUCACCAUGUACUAGAAAGUUGGAAUUCUUCCAACAUUCAUCUAUGCAAUUGGACAGGAAUUCGAUGUGACAAUAAAAUCAAGAGAGUUAUAGAGCUUGACCUUAGUCACCAUUCGUUACGAGGGACAAUUUCUCCAUCUCUCUCUGGCCUCUCGUUCUUGCAAAUUCUUGAUUUAUCCGGGAAUUUUUUUGAAGGCAAAAUUCCGGCUGAAUUAGGCUAUCUUUUAAAGCUUAAUCAGCUUAGUUUAUCUUCUAAUCUCCUCGAAGGUAAAAUCCCGAAUGAGUUAGGAUUUCUUCAUGAAUUGAAGUAUCUUGAUUUGGGAAGUAACACUCUUUCUGGUGAAAUUCCUCAGCCUUUAUUCUGUAAUUGCUCUACUUCUUUACAAUAUAUGGACCUUUCUAACAAUUCUCUUAGUGGUGAAAUUGCUAUAGAUAAUCAAUGUGAGAUUAAAGAGUUGAGGUUUCUUCUUCUUUGGUCUAAUAAUCUUGUUGGUGAAGUCCCUAAAGCUCUUUCCAAUUCUUCAAAGCUCGAAUGGCUUGAUCUUGAGUCUAAUUCGUUAAGUGGAGAACUCCCUUUUGAUAUUGUAAAUAAAAUGCCAAAGUUACAGUUUUUGUACUUGUCCUAUAACAACUUCGUUAGCCAAAGUGAUAACACUGACCUGACGCCUUUUUUCGCGUCCUUAGUUAAUUCUUCUAACUUGCAAGAACUUGAGUUAGCUGGAAAUAAUCUUGGUGGGGAAUUACCUCCUAUUGUCGGUAAUAUCUCCAAGAAUCUUGCACAGAUUCAUCUUGACGAUAAUCUUAUUUAUGGUCCUAUCCCUACACAAAUUUCCAAUCUUGGAAACAUCACUCUUUUGAACCUUUCUAGUAAUCAUCUCAAUGGUACAAUUCCUCUUGAGUUAUGCCAAAUGGGGAAACUCGAGAGGCUUUAUCUGUCGGAUAACUCUAUCUCGGGUGUUAUUCCUUCAGAUUUUGGGAAUGUUUCUCAUUUAGGCCUUCUUGAUUUGUCGAAAAACAUGCUAUCUGGAUUGAUCCCCGAUACUUUUGCUAAUCUUCCACAACUGAGAAGACUUUUGUUGCACGACAAUCAGCUCUCUGGAAUGAUACCCCCGAACCUAGGAGAAUGUGUUAACUUGGAAAUACUUGAUAUUUCUAACAACAGAAUCUCGGGCACGAUUCCAAGUGAAGUUGCUGGAUUAAGUAGCUUGAAGCUGUAUCUUAACUUGUCUAGUAAUCACUUACACGGUCCUAUUCCCUUAGAGCUUAGCAAAAUGGAUAUGGUGCUGGCAAUUGAUUUGUCGUCAAAUAAUCUCUCAGCUAAUGUCCCGUCCCAGCUUGGAAGCUGCAUUGCUCUCGAAUACUUGAAUCUAUCGCGUAAUGCUUUAGAAGGACCUAUUCCAUCGUCGAUAGGGAGAUUGCCUUACCUUAAGGAAAUUGACGUUUCGUUCAAUGUAUUGAGUGGAGAGAUACCGGAAACAUUUCAAGCAUCGUCUACUUUGCAAAAGGUCAAUUUUUCCUACAACCAUUUCUCGGGAAACGUGACCAAUACUGGUGCAUUUACAUCACUAACCAUUAGCUCCUUCUUGGGAAAUUUUCAACUUUGUGGCUCAGUACAAGGCAUGAAAAGUUGCCACAAAAAGAGAGGUCGUGGUCAUUUUAUAAUCACAAUCCUCCUUUCAUUGCUUAUAACUCCCAUUUUUUGCGUAGUUGGGUACUCUCUCGUACUAAGGUCCAAAUUCAGGGCUGGUUUUAACAGUAAGGUAAUUGAAGAUACGGAACAAGGUGGUGGAAGGAAAGAGCAAAAGUACCCGAGAAUUUCACAUAUGCAGCUGAUUGAAGCGACAAGAGGUUUUAGCAGCUCGAACGUAAUAGGAGAAGGACGGUAUGGGCGGGUUUAUAAGGGAGUGCUAAAAAACAACAUGAGCAUAGCUGUUAAAGUAAUUGAUACAACAGGAGGAGGAGAGAUUUCAGGGAGCUUUAAAAGGGAAUGUCAAAUCUUGAAAAGGACUAGGCACAGGAAUUUGAUUAGGAUCAUAACGACGUGUAGCAAGCCAGAUUUUAAAGCUCUUGUCUUCCCAUUGAUGCCAAACGGAAGCUUAGAAAACCAUCUGUACCCGAGCCACGGGCUCGGGCAUCAGCUGGACUUGGCUCAAUUGGUUAGCAUUUGUAGUGACGUGGCAGAAGGGGUGGCCUAUUUACACCAUUAUUCACCCGUUAAAGUCGUGCAUUGUGACCUAAAGCCAAGCAACAUUCUUCUUGAUUUUAACAUGACAGCUUUAGUCACAGAUUUUGGGAUUUCAAGAUUAGUAAAAGCUGUUGAGCAAAAUACUAAUCCCGUCGACGAAUCGGUUUCUUACAAUUCCACAGAUGGAUUACUUUGUGGAUCAAUUGGUUACAUUGCUCCUGAAUAUGGAAUGGGAAGGAUGGCUUCAACAAAAGGAGAUGUAUUUAGCUUUGGAGUUCUGUUACUUGAGAUUGUGACAGGGAAACGUCCCACCGACAUUCUUUUUCAACAAGGCUCGAGCUUGCACGAAUGGGUGAAGAGUCAGUAUCCACAUAAACUCGAGCCAAUGAUCGAAGAAACGCUACGAAGAUGUGCAACUUGUACCACAGUUCCAUCUGACCAUAGCAAUAUAUGGCACGAUAUCGUGUUGGAGCUGACAGAACUUGGCCUAAUGUGCACUCAGUACAAUCCUUCGACUAGGCCAACAAUGUUGGAUGUUGCACUUGAAUUUGGCAGGCUAAAACAGUUUCUUUCAAGUCCUUCUAACAUUGUUGCUGAAGAUGUCACAACAAAAUGUUAACAUUUUUUUAUCUCACAAACAUCAGCAGAGAAACUCUGCCACUGUACCUUUUAACUUUAUUCAUUGUUUACUUCUAUGUUCUUCUUUUUCCUCUUUUAUUUAUCCCUUCUUGGUUACGGCCCUUCCCCGGACUCUGCGUGAAUGCUUGCUU